CUCUUUAGCUAUCGCCAUUGUACGGGGCACGUGUGAAAACUACAAGAUUUCAUAAACUCUUUUCGAUUGGACUGUACAAGAGCGUUUCUUUUUCUGCAUACAAAUGGAGUCCGAAUCGUUUUACGGUGUUACGUUGAGUGAAAAAGAGCCAAUUGCACAGUUCGAUGUGCCGGAAAUUCCAGAGGAGUAUAUAGUACACUCACACAAACUGAUCAUCAAACAGAUCUCCUUGGGACCCGAGGCGAAAACGGGCGAAUUCAAUGUUGUUCAGGCGGAAACAAACGUGCACGAUGACGGCGAGAAAAAGACAGUUAAAAUUCCCAUUGCGGUCUUAAAGGUUGGCGAAACGCGCAGUUUGAGGCCAAAUGUUGAGUUCCCCAAUGGCUCCGUCACAUUCAAGCUCGUCCAGGGCACGGGGCCGGUCUAUGUUUGUGGAAAGGCUGAAAUGAACUUGGGUGAAUAUGACGAUGGUCAGAUGUAUGAGGAGUAUUCGGAUGAGGACGAUGACAGCGAUGAGCUCGAUGAUGAGAGUUCGCCACAGACAAAUGGCAAGAGCAUAAAAAAGAAGUAAUACAAUAUAUAAAAGCAAAAAAAAAAAGGAAAAAACCAGUAAUCUAAGAUAUAAUCGGAAAAUCAAUCAAUCAUAAAUGUUAAACAGUUUGCCCUGUAGAACGAACUUUGAAAACACACACACAAAAACAUAUUUUUGCUAAAGUAUGAAUAAACAAAACAAAAUCCAAUG